AUGCUGACUCCAAUUAAUCCUUGUAAUGUGCGAGCCAAGAUGCAGUGUUAUCUGGAGGACCUGGGUCAAGUCGCCGAAGUGGUUGAUGUAUGGUUGCACAGUAUGGCCAUGUCAUAUCCCUUGCAUUCAGCGUUAGAAGCGGUUUGGAACGUAGUUGCCAUCGAGGUUCCAGCAAUUCACAAAGAACUCUUACCAUCCAAGCACAUCCAUGACUCAAUCCUGGACCCAUCUUCGUAUCUUGACAAGACGGAAGUUUCAUACUCAGCCCGGAGUGAAGCAAUAGACCCAAAAUUGCAACACUCAACCAAUCAGAAUGGGAAGCGUGAAUGGACACCUCCAGAGGAUGGGCGAGUAAUCGCCAACAUUCCCCGCCGCUCUGCGCGUCUGUCCGCAACCACGCAAAAAUCACCUUACCCCACUCCAGUAGUAUGGGAUGAUAUCGCCCAAUCACCAAUGCGCAACUCCAGGACCAAGAAGACAAAAAUCGAUUCAUCACCCGAAAUCUGUCCGUCUAGUCCGAAAUACCAAGCUGAAAACUUGAUAAUAUUGUCAACGCCAGGAGUAGAUUCCCCUGAAUCACACUCACAAGAGAUUGCACUUGAAUGGGUUGCAACAAUUCAGGAAAUACGUGAAUUGGACCCCCUCCCUUCAUCUAUCCCCAUUGGUGUAGCUUCCGACUACGUCGCCUCCGAGAUAACACAACCUUGUCAGUUCCCAUGCCCCUCGGAAUACAACAAAGGCGAACUGUGGCAGAACAUCGAGUCCGAAUUUCUCAAUGUAAUGGGCGCAGAUAUAAUAGCACGCGGUGACCUCCGGCGUGGAAAAUUCGGAGUUCUUGGCAUUGUCGAUUGGAUUCUGGACGCACGCGAGCAUGAUGGCUGGGAUGACAUAUGCGAGGAAGCAGCUUUAGGAAAGUUAAAAACUUUGCGCGAACAUCUCAAAAGGGCGGUACUUCAUUCCAACAACACUCCUGUGCCCUCGCCCAAUCUGGUCUCCCCUCCGAGUUCCACAACCACUUUAGUUCAGCCUGAAUCACCUGCGACUCCUUCAAAAUUGCAAAACAAGUUCCGCUCCACAAAUUCGUCUAGGUGGCUUGAUACUGUUAUGGCCACAGAUCAGUCCUCAUCAUCGGGUAACUCUCAACAAUCAUUACACCUCAAACAGAUAAUCUGCAAAAGUCGACAUACUGCAUCCAGAAUGUAUGGUGCAGUCCGUGUGUCCAGAAGUGUUACUCCCCCUUCAGAUACUGAGGCAAAAUCUCCAGCCCCACCAAAGUCUUUAUCACAACAAACAAUUUCCGAACAUCAACAUACUAGAUCCAGAUUGUACGGUACAAUCCGUGUAUCCCGAAGUGCAACCCCCGCUUCAGAUGACGAAGGACCAAUGUGCUUCAAAACACCUUCAAACUCAUCAAAUGCACUCGAGUCCCAGCUGAUUGGCGCACUUAUCCCUUAUCCCUUGGUAUACUCGGCGCGCAGCAACAAUGAAACUGAUUUGGACUUGCAAAAGACGCCAGAUUCCCUUCAAGCCAGCAUCAAAACCACAUACAACACACACUUCAAAACUCGUUACCCACAACUUUUGAUUGAAGGACCAACUCACAUGCAUUCAACAAAAGAAUCAGGUCAAUCAACCACCUUCAACUCUUUGCAAGAUGACGACCCCCAUUCAAUAUCUGAUCAAGUGCAAGCACAUGCAACUAGCAAUGAUGAUGUAUCAAAUCAUAAAAGAUUACAAUUUGAUCAUGAACAGAGAGGUAGACGAAACUCACCAGUGUCGCAUGACCCUUCUCCAUCAGUCGUUGUCGUCAGUACAUCAACUCAUCAAGCCUCAGCCGCUUCUCAAAUGCCACCCCUUACCAAAAGCCCCCUUUGGGUGCAAAAGAUUGACAUGUAUGAAAGUAUAUCAGUCAAAAAAAACAACAUUCAGCCCAUUGAACUCGUUGACAUUCAUAAGGCCACACAGGUCUUAUUAGGGACCUUGAUCCGAGGAUCGUGUACCGAUUUCAAUCCUGACGAAUUACUGAGACAGCCGGUCACCUUCAGUAGCUUGGGACAACCGGGUAUCCGACAGUGGUGUGAACAACCAGAAAAUCGGAAACUUUUUACUCCAAGUCUGGAGACACUAUGGUAUAAGCCCAAGAUCUUCAACUUUGACGCCAUCACAAAAUUGGACCCUCCGGAAACCAUUUAUAGACAUGAGCGUUUUCUCUGGAACACACUUAAACUUUUUUGCAUGCCUAGCGCCAAUUUCAUCAAGCGUGGAAUGCACUACGUCCUGGCUGCCGUUAUCUUAAUUGGAUCGGAUGCCGAGGAGCCGCAUUGCGCCCCCGACCUGCCCAACGUCUCAUCAAUGUCUAGGGGGGCUCGGACUGCUUUUUCCUGCUGGCACCACUACAAAACACUUUCAUCCCUCCGUUGGGCGAAAAUAGAAGCAAGGCGCGCUGAAGCUGCUGAUGGGUGUCUUGAAGAUCUCGACAAAUUGAUUGCAAUCAUCUAUACAAUGGUCGAGACCUUUGCUAGUAUCUGGGCAUCUACAUCUAUCAAGGCUGACAUUGAAGCAACCAAAAAAAUGAUCAAAGCAAGUCAAUCCAUUGAAGAAAUUCAUUUAUUGACUUCAGGCCUGGAACAUCUGCAAAAAGCUUGCAGUCAAAUUAAAGUCGAGUACAGUAACCUACCAGCACUUGUUGGCUUUCUCUGUUCUGGUGUCAAGGGCUUAAUGAUCUAUCCCACUGAUAUACGAGUAUUCAGUCCUCUACGGGCUUUGAAUUUUUUACUAGUGACGAGCCACUUAGCUCAAUCCAACAAAUCAAUCUCAGAGCCAAUAUGGAAAAGGACACAAUCAUAUAUAGUUGGCUUCUUGAACGCUGUCACUCAAUCAACUGAAGAAUGGGUUCCACAAGAAUUGAAUCGAUAUCAUCUGGCCAAGGCUCUCUUCCUUGAUUUCUCAGACUAUUCCAUUUCACGUAACAUGACAAAAAUCUCCAUUCCCAAGUGUAGAAACUAUAAGGUUUUUCGCCUGCACAGUGCUACAAUCAAUCAAGGAAAAGUCGUCGCGGUUGUCGACAACCGUGACCUCCCGAGCGCUCCCCCUGAGCACAGGCAGAUCUCACAUUGGGAAAGUUCUUUUCUUGCGCAAGGUUAA